AUUCUCCCUUCUUCUCUUGGAACCAGGAGAGAUUUACUAUGAAGACUUCAGUGUCUAUUAUUACCCAUCGGGGCUGUCACAGGAGCAAGCCAUCAGCAGGCGACAGAGAGGUCACCUUAAGCUCUGCUCCAAGUCCAUUGUUUUCGUGCCCAAGGAAAUCCAGUUUCCCAUUUUGAAACUUCCUUUGAAAUUUGUGCAAGAUAUUGAUGAGUGGUCCGGAGGCUUGUUUACCAAAGUUGAACGUGUCAUUAAGAUAACAGCUGAUCAAACUGUUGAGAUGAAGGAAAAGAAUAUCAUUACCCCGUUUAUAUUUAAGAAGGAAGAGUGCCAGCACAUUUUCUCUCUGAAUUACGCGUCUGUGGACGACUGCUUGCCACAGAUGUGUCAGGUACUCCGGGCUUCCACUCUGCCCCCUGGUGACCAGCAGGCCAUGCUGAAUGCCAUCAUGCUCUCAAGGCAGUCGAGAGUGAAGUUCAACACCAGCUGGUUGGAAGACAUUUACGAGAAGAUCAUUCUUGAGACUCGUGGUGACAGAAUUACUCCCCUUGCCACGAACCCUGGACGCAUCAUGCUUACCUCAAGUCGCCUCUACUUCCAGCCAUUCAAUAACAUUGAUAAGUGGCCCGUCCUGAAACUAAGAUUGAAAGACAUCAAGCGGUUGAUUUGCCGCCGCUUUCUCUUAAGGCAGUUGGGCCUGGAGAUCUACUGUGGGGGUACAGCUCCCGUGACCCACCUGUAUCUUGCCUUCAACACGGAAGAGUCUCGGAAUCAGCUGUAUGAGGAGAUACUCAGCCUGCCAGACUUGUCCCUUGAGGACACAGGUCAAGAGGAUAUGACCUUGAAGUGGCAGAGCGGGGUCAUCUCUAAUUAUGAUUAUCUCCUCUAUUUGAACAGCCUGGCAGACCGCAGCUUCAACGAUCUGUCUCAGUACCCAGUCAUGCCGUGGGUCAUACAGGACUACACAAGUUCUCAAUUAGAUUUGAAAGACGAGUCGGUGUACAGAGAUUUGAGCAAGCCAAUUGGUGCCUUGAAUGAAGACAGGUUGGAGAGAAUUAAGGAACGUCUGCCUGAUCUCCCAGAACCCAAGUUCCUGUAUGGAUCACAUUAUUCAUCGCCUGGAUAUGUUCUGUUCUACCUGGCGCGAAUAGCUCCUGAGUACGUGCUGUGCCUUCAGAAUGGAAAAUUCGACCACCCAGACAGGAUGUUUAACAAUUUGUACGACACAUGGAAUAAUGUGUUGACUGGAGCGUCGGAUUUUAAGGAGUUGAUUCCAGAGUUUUUCAGUGACUGUGGAGAUUUUCUCACGCACAGAGGGAUCAUCAAUUUUGGGUUCCGAAACGAUGGCAGACCUGUGGGUGAUGUUGAGUUACCACCUUGGGCAAAAUCAUCUUCGGAGUUUGUCUCAAUACUACGCCAAGCGCUAGAGUCUGACAUUGUUUCCAAAAGUAUCCAUCUGUGGAUUGACCUCAUAUUUGGCUGGCGGCAGAGAGGGGAGGAGGCGUGGGAGGCAGAUAAUGUGUUCUAUCAUCUGACCUAUGAAGGAGCUGUUGACCUCUAUAGCAUCAAGGACGAGGCAGAGCGGAGAAGCCUGGAGACACAGAUCAUGGAGUUUGGCCAGACCCCCAAACAGUUGUUCAAGUCGCCGCACCCUCAGCGCUUCACCUCACAGAGCGUCCCCAAAUUCCUGUCCGUGGACAACGCCCCGCGCCCCAUCGAGACGUCCCCGGUGAAAGAAGUCUCCUCUCUACCCGGUCUCGACAAUCUGGCUGCGGUGGAGCCAAAAGUGGACAAGAUGCCGCAGCCCAAGUCAGUCCUUGACCUGAACAAACUGAGGUCUCACUUACAGUACACUCUGCACAAAGAUGCUGUCACAGAAGUGCGAAUGUCCCCUGACGGCCUCAGCACGUUCUCCGUGUCACAAGACAGUUUCCUGAAGAUGUAUUCGCUGGAGGAGCAGAGACAGUUGCGUAGUGUCAACAUGUCUCUCAUGGCUCUGUCAUCGUGUGAAGUGAUGGAGGACAACAAGACGAUUGUGGUGGGAUCCUGGGACAACAAAGUGUAUUUCUACAGCAUAGAGUAUGGGCGAGUGCUGGAUACACUGCAUGCACAUGAUGAUGCCGUGUCUUGUGUGAGAUGGAAAGCAAGCAAAUUGUUUACAGCCUCAUGGGAUUCUACUGUGAAGGUGUGGGAAAUGGAUUUUUCAAAUACUCAGAGCGGACUCCCCAACCCUGACUAUGUGGGUCAGCUGGAUCAUGAUGAGGGUGUGACGUGCAUGGACAUCGAUGACGAGUGUGUUGUCAUGGUAACAGGCACGAAGGAUGGUCAGGUGGCUCUGUGGGACCUUUCUCAUUUUUACACCGUGGCCACUAUGUCGGUCCACUCUAGUCCAGUCUUGACCUGUCUGCUGAGCUCAGAUAAGCGCCGCAUUUUUUGCUCCGGAUCGGACAGACUGCUCAAGGUCAUUGAUGUGGAGACAAUGACGGAGAUCUUUACCAAGGAUCUCACCCAUGAAAUCUGUUGUAUGACAAGGAUGGGCGGCCUGCUUCUGACCGGUGACGCUGGGGGUCAGUUAGCCGUGUGGGACAUGGAUGUAGGGCAGGUCACGCAGACUCUCAAGGCUCAUCAAGGGCCGGUCACCUGCGUGGACGCUAGUCAUGCCGGGACUCUGCUGACCGGGGGUAGUGACCGCACCGUCAUGCUGUGGAAGGAGGAGGUUUGAGUCCCUCUCUGGUGCUGUAUGCUGGUGCACUAUGGGCUCUGAGUCCGAUUUGACAUUUUGUGUGUGAGUGUGUGUGUGUGUGUAUGUAUGUGUGUGUGUGUGUGUGUUCGGGGGAGGGUCUUG